CUUUGAUUCUAAAUUUUGAAAAUAAUUGAAUUUAAAUUAAAUUAAUGCACAAGAAACUUUGAUGUGCUGUAUCAAUGUUAUACUGGUUUUUAAACGUUCAGGCAGUAAAGUAGGCAGCAUACAGGAAGUAAACAAAAAUACAGUGACAGUCUUGUCUUGUGCUGAAGUUGCCAUUGUAUAGUGAAGUGAAGGGGUUAGUGAUCACAAAUGGACCGGUUCGUGUGGUCUAAUGGCUUGUUGGAAAUGAACGAAACUUUAGUGAUUCAGCAGAGAGGAGUCAGGCUGUAUGACGGAGAUGAGAAGGCUAAGCUUGAUGUGGGGACAGCUCUUCUGAGUACACACCGAUUAAUCUGGAGGGACCAAAAGAAUCAUGAGUGCUGUAUCGCCGUUCCUCUGUCACAGGUUAUAUUCUUUGAGGAGCAGGCAGCUGGGAUUGGAAAAAGUGCUAAAAUAGUAAUUCACCUUCACCCUGUAUCACCUAAUAAGGAGCCGGGACCGUACCAAAACAGCAAGUAUUCCCACAUAAAACUGUCCUUCAAAGAGCAUGGUCAGAUUGAGUUUUACAGGCGGCUGUCAGAAGAAAUGACUCGGAGGCGAUGGGAACAGACUCCAGCCUCCCAGGCCAUUCCCACUGGUACUGGAACCCAGGCAGGAAGAACCCGGGCUGUUGGAAUUGUGGGUAUUGAGAGGAAGCUGGAGGAAAAGCGAAAAGAGACGGACAAAAACAUUUCAGAGGCUUUUGAAGAUCUCAGCAAGCUUAUGGAAAAGGCAAAAGAAAUGGUAGAAUUAUCCAAAUCCAUAGCUAACAAAAUCAAAGAAAAACAAGGGGACAUCACAGAAGAUGAGACUAUCCGAUUUAAAUCUUAUCUAUUGAGUAUGGGCAUAGCAAACCCAGUCACCAGGGAAACCCAUGGCUCUGGGACACAUUACCACAUGCAGCUAGCCAAACAGCUGGGAGACAUGCUGCUGGUCCCUCUGCAGGAGAGAGGAGGCAUGAUGGCUUUGACUGAAGUUUAUUGUUUAGUCAAUCGAGCCCGUGGGAUGGAGUUGCUAUCCCCGGAGGAUUUGGUAAAUGCCUGCAAAAUGUUUGAGUCCCUGAAGCUGCCUUUGAGGUUACGAGUUUUUGACAGUGGUGUUAUGGUUGUUCAGCUACAGUCCCAUAGUGAAGAAGAAAUGAUUGCUUCAGCACUUGAUAAUGUGACUGAAAAAGGCUCUCUGACCUCAGAAGAGUUUGCAAAACUUCUAGGACUCUCAGUUCUUCUUGCAAAAGAGAGGCUGCUUCUUGCUGAGAAGAUGGGACACCUUUGCAGAGAUGAUUCUGUGGAGGGCUUGCGAUUUUAUCCCAACUUGUUCUAAGAUAAAAAGAGACAAUGCCAAUGUAAAGAAUAUCUCAGAUACUUGGUACUUGAAAAGUUUUGCUCCAAUGGACCAUAGCCUGUACUUUAUGUUCUGGGUGGGUACAGCCCUCUGUGAGUGUGGCAAGAUUGAGUUAUGAAAACACACCGACCUACUUGUCGCCUCUGUCAAGGAUGGCAAGCUUCAGCUCUUCACGUCGAAAUUGGAUUGAAUCAGCUUUAUUUGUGAUUUAAAACCUGGACUCCGUUGCUCUUCAGUUCUUUAAGAUUAAAUAGUUGGCUGGUCUGCACAUUGUUAGACUUUUA